UGUAAAGAAGAAAUAAAAAUGGAUCCAAGAAAAGGUGUGAAUUCUGUUAUCAUCUCUGUUGAGGGGAUGACUUGCAAUUCCUGUGUUUGUUCCAUUGAGCAGCAGAUUGGAAAAGUGAAUGGUGUACAUCACAUUAAAGUUUCACUGGAAGAAAAAAAUGCAACUAUUAUUUAUGACCCCAAACUACAGACUCCAAAGACUCUACAGGAAGCUAUUGAUGACAUGGGCUUUGAUGCUAUUCUCCAAAAUCCUAACCCUCUCCCUGUUUUAACUGACACUGUGUUUCUGACUAUUACUGCUUCACCAGCUCCACCAUGGGACCAUAUCCAAAGCACACUGUUCAAGACCAAGGGUGUGACAGACAUUCAAAUUUCCCCUCAGCAAAGAACUGCAGUAGUGACAAUAAUCCCUUCUAUAGUAAAUGCCAAUCAGAUAAUAGAGCUAGUUCCGGAUCUCAGUCUAGAUAUUGGAACACUGGAAAAAAAGUCAGGAACUUGUGAAGAUCACAGUAUGGCUCAAGCAGGUGAAGUCAUGCUGAAGAUGAAAGUGGAAGGGAUGACCUGCCAUUCAUGCACUAGCACCAUUGAAGGAAAAAUUGGAAAAUUGCAAGGUGUUCAGAGAAUUAAAGUCUCCCUGGACAACCAAGAAGCUACUAUUGUUUAUCAACCUCAUCUUAUCUCAGUAGAGGAAAUAAAAAAGCAGAUUGAAGCUGUAGGCUUUCCAGCAUUCGUCAAAAAGCAACCCAAGUACCUCAAAUUGGGAGCUAUUGAUGUAGAGCGUCUAAAGAACACACCAGUCAAAUCCUCAGAAGGAUCGCAGCAGAGGAGUCCAUCAUAUACCAGUGAUUCAACAGCCACUUUCUUCAUAGACGGCAUGCACUGUAAAUCAUGUGUGUCAAAUAUUGAAAGUGCUUUAUCUACACUCCAGUAUGUAAGCAGCAUAGUAGUUUCUUUAGAGAAUAGGUCUGCCAGUGUAACAUACAGGGCCAGUUCAGUCACUCCAGAAACUCUGAGAAAAGCAAUAGAGGCUGUAUCACCAGGGCAAUAUAGAGUUAGUAUUGCAAGUGAAGUUGAGGAGAGUACCUUUAACUCUCCCUACAGCUCAUCUCUUCAGAAGCUUCCUUUGAACAUAGUUAGUCAGCCACUGACACAAGAAACCAUGGUAAACAUUGGUGGCAUGACUUGUAAUUCUUGUGUGCAGUCUAUUGAGGGUGUCAUAUCAAAAAAGGCAGGUGUAAAAUCUAUACGCGUCUCCCUUGCAAAUAGCAAUGGGACUGUUGAGUAUGAUCCUCUGCUAACCUCUCCAGAAACCUUGAGAAAAGCAAUAGAAGACAUGGGAUUUGAUGCUACCUUGUCAGAAACGAAUGAGCCAUUGGUAGUACUAGCUCAGCCCUCAUCGGAAAUGCCACUUUUGACUUCAGUGAACGAAUUGUAUACUAAAAUGAUGACACCAGCUCAUGAAAAGGAGGAGACAAAGACUUCAUCUAAGUGUUACAUACAGGUCACUGGCAUGACUUGUGCUUCCUGUGUAGCAAACAUUGAACGGAAUUUAAGACGAGAAGAAGGAAUAUAUUCUGUACUUGUGGCACUGAUGGCUGGCAAGGCAGAAGUAAGGUAUAAUCCUACUGUUAUACAGCCCCCAAUGAUAGCAGAGUUCAUCCGAGAGCUUGGAUUUGGAGCCACUGUGAUAGAAAAUGCUGAUGAAGGGGAUGGUGUCUUGGAACUUUUUGUGAGAGGAAUGACAUGUGCCUCCUGUGUACAUAAAAUAGAGUCUACUCUCACAAAGCACAAAGGGAUCUUCUACUGCUCUGUGGCCCUGGCAACCAACAAAGCACAUAUUAAAUAUGAUCCAGAAAUUAUUGGUCCUAGAGAUAUUAUCCAUACAAUUGAAAGCUUAGGUUUUGAAGCUUCUUUGGUCAAGAAGGAUCGGUCAGCAAGUCACCUAGACCAUAAACGAGAAAUAAGACAAUGGAGACGGUCCUUUCUUGUGAGCCUAUUUUUCUGUAUUCCUGUAAUGGGGCUGAUGAUAUAUAUGAUGGUUAUGGACCACCACCUUGCAACUCUUCACCAUAAUCAGAACAUGAGUAAAGAAGAAAUUAUCAACAUUCAUUCUUCCAUGUUCCUGGAACGCCAGAUCCUGCCAGGAUUGUCCAUUAUGAAUUUGCUGUCCUUUUUAUUGUGUGUACCUGUACAGUUUUUUGGAGGCUGGUACUUCUACAUUCAGGCUUACAAAUCACUAAAGCAUAAGACGGCAAAUAUGGACGUUCUGAUUGUGCUGGCAACCACCAUUGCAUUUGUCUACUCUUUGGUUAUUCUUCUGGUCGCAGUGUAUGAGAGAGCCAAAAUGAAUCCUAUUACUUUCUUUGACACACCUCCUAUGCUAUUUGUAUUUAUUGCACUAGGCCGAUGGCUGGAACAUAUAGCAAAGGGCAAAACAUCAGAGGCUCUGGCAAAGCUAAUCUCACUACAAGCUACAGAAGCAACUGUUGUAACUCUUGACCCUGAAAAUAUCCUCCUGAGUGAAGAACAAGUGGAUGUGGAACUUGUACAACGUGGGGACAUUAUUAAAGUGGUUCCAGGAGGCAAAUUUCCAGUGGAUGGCCGUGUUAUUGAAGGACAUUCUAUGGUAGAUGAGUCCCUCAUCACAGGAGAGGCAAUGCCUGUGGCUAAGAAACCUGGCAGCACAGUGAUUGCUGGUUCCAUUAACCAAAAUGGGUCACUACUUAUCUGUGCAACCCAUGUUGGAGCAGACACAACCCUUUCUCAAAUUGUCAAACUUGUGGAAGAGGCACAAACUUCAAAGGCCCCUAUCCAGCAGUUUGCAGACAAACUCAGUGGCUACUUUGUUCCUUUCAUCGUCUUUGUUUCCAUUGCUACACUCUUGGUAUGGAUUAUAAUUGGAUUUCUGAAUUUUGAAAUUGUGGAAACCUACUUUCCUGGCUACAAUAGAAGUAUCUCUCGAACAGAAAUGAUAAUACGCUUUGCUUUCCAAGCCUCUAUCACAGUUCUUUGUAUUGCAUGUCCCUGUUCACUGGGACUGGCCACUCCAACUGCUGUGAUGGUGGGUACAGGAGUAGGCGCCCAAAAUGGCAUACUAAUCAAAGGUGGAGAGCCUUUGGAGAUGGCUCAUAAGGUAAAGGUAGUGGUAUUUGAUAAGACUGGAACUAUUACUCAUGGAACCCCAGUAGUAAAUCAAGUAAAGGUUCUAGUGGAAAGUAACAGAAUAUCACGCAAUAAGAUCCUGGCCAUUGUGGGAACUGCUGAAAGUAACAGUGAACACCCUCUAGGAGCGGCAGUAACUAAAUACUGCAAACAGGAGCUGAACGCUGAAACCUUGGGUACCUGCAUAGAUUUCCAGGUUGUGACAGGCUGUGGUAUUAGCUGUAAAGUCACCAAUGUUGAAGGCUUGCUACAUAAGAAUGACUGGAAGAUAAAGGAAAAUAAUAUUAAAAAUACAUCCCUGGUUCAAAUUGAUGCAAGUAAUGAACAGUCAUCAACUUCAUCUUCCAUGGUUAUUGAUGCCCAGCUCUCAAAUACUCUCAAUGCUCAGCAGUACAGAGUCCUCAUUGGUAACCGGGAGUGGAUGAUUAGAAAUGGUCUGGUCAUUAAUAAUGAUGUAGAUGAUUCCAUGAUUGAACACGAAAGGAAAGGUCGGACUGCUGUAUUGGUGGCAAUUGAUGAUGAGCUGUGUGGCUUGAUAGCCAUUGCUGACAAAGUGAAACCUGAGGCUGAACUGGCUGUCCAUAUUCUGAAAUCUAUGGGCUUAGAAGUAGUUCUGAUGACUGGAGAUAACAGUAAAACAGCUAGAUCUAUUGCUUCUCAGGUUGGCAUUACUAAGGUGUUUGCUGAAGUUCUACCUUCCCACAAAGUUGCAAAAGUAAAGCAGCUUCAAGAGGAGGGGAAACGGGUAGCAAUGGUGGGAGAUGGAAUCAAUGACUCCCCAGCUCUGGCAAUGGCUAAUGUUGGAAUUGCCAUUGGCACAGGCACAGAUGUAGCCAUUGAAGCAGCUGAUGUGGUUUUGAUAAGGAAUGAUCUUCUGGAUGUAGUGGCAAGUAUUGACUUAUCAAGGAAGACAGUCAAGAGGAUUCGGAUAAAUUUUGUCUUUGCUCUAAUUUAUAAUCUGGUUGGAAUUCCCAUAGCUGCUGGAAUUUUCAUGCCCAUUGGUUUGGUUUUGCAGCCCUGGAUGGGAUCUGCAGCAAUGGCUGCUUCAUCUGUUUCAGUAGUACUUUCUUCUCUCUUCCUUAAACUUUAUAGGAAACCAACUUAUGAGAAUUAUGAACUGCAUGUCCGGAGCCAGAUAGGACAGAAGAGUCCUUCAGAAAUCAGCGUUCAUGUUGGAAUAGAUGACAUCUCAAGAAAUUCUCCUAAAUUGGGUUUGCUGGACCGCAUUGUUAAUUACAGCAGAGCUUCUAUAAACUCACUACUGUCUGAUAAACGUUCCCUAAACAGUGUUGUUACCAGUGAACCUGACAAGCAUUCACUCCUGGUGGGAGACUUCAGGGAAGAUGAUGACACCGCAUUGUAAAAGGCCAUAGAGAGUGCUGCUAGUUUAACUUGUCAUGCACUGACACAGCAUUCAUUAUGUCACCUUCACUUUUUAAGAUAUUGUGAAAGGAUUUUAUGUUGUUAUCAUGCUCUUAUAUUAGGGAUUCUGUUUGAGUUACCUUUGAUGACAAAAAUACCUUAUACAGGGCAUGAGCUCUGAACCUAGCUUUAUUUAAUCUGAAUUUCCAAUAUUUUUUUAUUUUUACUAGCAACAGAUUAAGUAGAGCAGUGAGGUUUACAGCAAGCCCUACAGUUAGAGAUUGCUGAAUUGCUGCUAAACUGACAGUUUUUUAUUUAACCAAAAAAAUAGCCCA